AUGACUGCAGUAGCUUCGAUAGAGGUUGGUAUCCAAUUUGGAUGGGCAAUACAUUUCGACACUUUAAUCCCUUAUAUCCAAGAGGAUCUUAGAGUCCCACACAAGUGGGCUGCCAACAUAUGCGUUCUCGGGCAAAUAUUAGGCCUAGUGGUCCAGCCAUUCAUUGACUAUUACAGCGACCGCUGCCGUUCAAGUUUCGGCCGCUGUUGCCCAUUUAUUUUAGGAGGCGUCAUUGCAGUCGUUAUCACUGCCUUGCUCAUUGCGUUUGCAACUGAACUUGGCCAUUUGUUUGGCGACACCCUGGAGUCAGAAACAAAGCCACACACUAUUGUCAUUCUUGUCUUGAGCUUGUCCAUGUUCGACGUAGUCCAAGUUGUCGGUAAUAUCCUCAGAUAUUUAAUGAGCUCUAGAUUUUUUGGAAUUUUGCUUAAUGAUUUUUAUUGGACGUUGAGAACGGCAGUCUACGAAGAGUUUUGUUUGGACCUUAAAGAAUCCACGUUCAUCUCAAUAUUGUUCCUCAUCGUACUUUCUAUCGUCGCCCUAAUCUACGUAGAAGAUGUCCCACUCACAGAAGUACAACCAGAUUGGGUUGCAUGGUUCCCAUUUUCUUUAUUCAACAUUGAUUGGAUGGGCCAUGAAGUUUACUGUGGGAAUCCUUUCCUGGAUGAACGCUACUACAAAGGAGUCAGAGCCGAAUUAAAGGGACUCAUGCUAAAAUCAAUUGUGCUUGCUUUGAUGUCUUUCGCCGUCAAACCAUUAAGGUGUUACAUUGGAGGUCCGAGGAGAUUGUGGGGAGUUGGAAAUGUUAUUUUUGUUAUUUGCCUUAGUAUGACGGAAGUGAUCGCUAAAGUGGCGGAGCAUGAACGCCAUACACAUACUAAGAGUUCAAUUCAUCUAUUUUCCACAAAUGACCGAUAUACGGAGGUGCCCGCAUCUGAUCUACGUGGCGAUAGUCCUUCUUCUGGCAUUAUCGCGGCGUGUUACGUUUUUUACACCGUCAUUGGUGUCCCGCUUGCCGUUCCCCUCAAGGUGUCUAUUGUAGCUUGGAGUUUGCUGAAAGACAGGUUACCAACCUGA